GACGCGUUUUUGAUUUUUGCUCAAAUCUACGAAAGUUUUACGAUUAUUUCUUAUGAUUUUGCAAGAAGUGUGAAUGCCAUCAUUCCAGUUUCUGUUUGAUCGAAGUGCUACGCAUCUACUACUUCUUGCGAAAUGGUUGUGUUCAAUCUGUCCACAUUCCCCGAAGUGUGCCGCCUUUGUUUACAGUCGAAGCAUCCGGACGAGCUCGUCUCAGUGGAAACCAUCCGUCCGUUGUUUGAUCGCAAGCUGAGCGACCUGUUGGAGGGCUUGACCUUCAAGGUUCCUGCGGAUGUGCUUCCUUAUUUCCCAUCGGAGGUGUGCUUGAUGUGCUUGGAAGUGUUCGAUUUCUUCUACAAGUACAAGCAGAAGAUGAACUACAUCCAUCGUUUUCUGGUGGCAUUCGCCGAGGUUAAACUAGGAAACGAUCAAUCCUUGGUUAAGCUGUUCAAUGACCACAAUGAAUAUUUUUCGAUAUUGUUCAAAGAUCUGGAUCUUUGCAACAAGGAUGAACUGCUCGUCGAAGACAUACUGGAAGAGUAUCCCCAGUAUAAGAUCGCUUCGAUGCCUGUUGUGAAACGGGAGGCUAGUCCGGAGUUAGUUUCGGAAACGGCAGAGCCUCCUGACGAUUACGAAUAUCAUGUUGAAGUUUUAGAAGAACAGGACGAUAAAGCGAAGGGUGCGUUUCUGGUGGAGAGGUUGCUGGAGGAGCUCGGACAGGUUAAGCAGAAUGAAGCCGGGGAAAAAUUGGUGGAAAUAAAGGCUGAACCGGUUAGACUGUUGCGGAAUGCCCCGGAAGCGUCGGAACCUGGAGUCGAAGAAGUACCGUACUGUGAUUCGGAACACUUGGAAGAUUAUUCGGACGAUUUUCAGGAAGGUACUCUGGAGAUCGAUACCAAUGAUGAAGAAAUGGAGGAUCUUCCUGCAAAUGAGGAGGAUGUUGCAAGUGAAGCUCUGACGAGUGCGGAAUCCAAGAACGAAAAAGAAUCAUACAGCUGUGGGAAGUGUAAAUACAAGACUGUCUUCAAGGAAGCACUUACAGUGCACGAGAAACGCCACGAACAAAACGAUCACUUGGAAGGAAUUCACUGUUCCCAUCCAUCCUGUCUUAAGGUUUUCCCCAGCAAGGCAGAGUACCAGAAGCAUCUGAAGCAAGGAGUCCACAAGCAGCAUGUUUGCGACAUUUGUGGGGCGUCCCUUAAGCAUAAGUACUCGCUGGAAGUGCACCUAUCAAGGCAUGCUGGAGUUACUCAGUUCCAGUGUACCUAUUGCUCUUCUUCGUUCUACACCAAGACGGAACUGCGGAAUCACAUGCGAUCGAUUCACACUACCGGCGAGCGGUGGGAAUGCAGCAAGUGUAAAUCUGUCUUCAAAAACCGAAAGCUCCUGAACCAGCACCUGGAAUCGCACGUGGAAGAACGCAAUUUCAAAUGCACCGUAUGUGAUUUUGCCUUCAAAACAAUGCAGCAUCUGAAACGGCACAUCACUACCGUGCACAAGGAAGUACGAUUUCACUGCGAGCACUGUUCGAUGUCCUACGGACGGAAGGACAAGCUGCGGAUGCAUAUGGAGCGCGCCCAUAAUAUCCAAUCCUACUUCAUCUGUGACAUCUGCGUGCGAACGUUCAACAAUGGUACGGCACUGGCCGAGCACAAGACCCACCACGCCAACCCAAAGCCGCUUGAAUGUCCCGUCUGUUUGCUGGCAUUCGAGAACAAACGGGCCUUCGAGGGUCAUCUCUGCAUCACCUACCGGGAGGAUUACGUCUGCUGUGAGCGGGAUUUCAAAUUCCAUGUGCACUAUAAUCGGCACAUGCUGACGGAACAUGGCGUCAAAUCGAAUGCCCGGGUGAAGCCAACGAGCGGAGUGCUGAUGGGGCAGCUGAGAGCCGGUCGGCGGAAGAAGACGGUUCAGUGCCGGAUGUGUAGGAAGGUGUGCCCGACGAUGGUGGAGAGGAGGAAGCAUGAGGCGGGAUGUGCGGAGAAGCGAGAUAAGGUUGGCCUGGUGGAAGGGAGUAGUGAUGGAUCGAUGCCACCGAUAGAAGAGAUGGGCGAGGAAGAGCAUCUGGAGCAGGAGGAGGAGGAGGAGGAGGAGAUGGUUGAUGAAGAGCCGGACUUCAUUAUUGAUGAGGAUGUUGAAGAGCCGGUUGGAGAGUUCUGA